AUGUCCUCCUCUCCCACCGUCGACUUGACCCCAUUCCCCGCAGCCGCCCCCGCGGGUCCCACGACCGAGCUUCGCUUCGCAGACGUGGCCGUCACGGCGACUGCGGAUGAAUUCAAGGGUAUCUACCGCGGAAAGAAAUGUCACGAGCCAGACUUUGUUCACACCCUGGAACGGGCCAAGGAGGCUGGUGUGAGCAAGGUCAUGCUCACCGGCAUGUCCCUCGCUGAUGUGCCCUACAAUGAGGCCAUCGCCAAGUCCCGCCCUACGCAGUGCUACAUCACCAUUGGUGUGCACCCGUACCACGCCUCUGAGCUGGACGAGGGCGGCAAGGCGUACCUCAAUGAUCUGGAGCAAAAGGUCAAGGAUGCGCUGGCACAGGACCCAGUUCACAUUGCUGCCUUUGGGGAGCUGGGUCUCGACUACGAUAGGGAGGUUCAUGCAUCCAAGGACGUGCAGAAACGUGCCUUCAAGGCACAGCUUGACCUCUUUGUUGAGAAUAAGUGGGAUCUCCCGCUGUUUCUACACUGUCGUGCUGCGUUCGACGACUUUGUCGAGAUCAUGACACCCUACAUGGAUAAGCUGCCCCGCCGCGGCCUGGUCCACAGCUUCGUCGGCUCCACGUCGCAGAUGGAGAAGCUCGUCUCCAUGGGCCUUGACGUGAGCGUCAACGGCUUCAGUUUCAAAGACGCCGAGAGUCUAGAAAUGGCAUCCAAGAUCCCACUGGGUUCGCUGCAGAUCGAGACGGACGCGCCUUGGGGGGAGCUCAAGUCGACCUCGGAAGUUGUAAAGCGGUACUGCACCAAUGCCAAGGCUCUUCCGGCGUCGAAGAAGAAGGAUAAGUGGGAUGCAAAGUGCAUGAUCAAGGAGAGGAAUGAGAGCUGCUCGAUUGAGAGGGUUGCGUUUGUUGUUGCUGGGCUGAAGGGUGUUAGUGUUGAUGAGGUCGCUGAGGCGGCGUGGAAGAAUAGCGUCAAGAUGUUUGGCCUCGGAAGAAGGUAA